AUGCCCCACCUUCCUUUAGAAGCAUCACAGCAAUAUCAACAACAGCAUUAUUUUUCAACACAGCAACAACCAAUUCCACAACAACCAAUUCCACAACAACCAAUUCCACAGCCAUUCAUCCAACUAAUUCAUCAGCAACCCCAACUACAACAAAUUCAUCCACAACCAACACAACCAUUUUUGCAGCAAUUAUCCAACCAACAAUUUUACCAACAUCCUCCAUAUCAACACCCAUACACCCCACAACCUCAAAAUUAUUUACAUUAUAGCCCACAAGUACAACCUCAUAAUAUUUAUCCACAAAAUAACCAACAGCAAUUUAAUAUUCAACAACAGCAACAACAGCAACAACAACAACAACAACAACAACAACAACAACAACAACAACAACAACAACAACAACAACAACAACAACAACAGCAACAACCACCACUACAACAACAACAAAACAUGCAAAAACUUGAAACCACACAAACUAAUAAAGAUAACCAAGAUAAUUUAAAAAAAUUAGAAGAAUUUUAUCAAAACUGUUUUAUCGAAAUUAAAGAAAAACAUAGUUUAUUUGUGGAGCAAAAUAUUGGAGGGAACAAUUCAAAGUUUGAUAGCGCACCUUUACCAACACAAAAAGAAUGCAAUUCAUUCCUUUUGAGAAUUCAAAGUGGUAGAAAUGUACACAACUCAUCAUUACCAUUUACACUACCAUUUGAAGUAUCAACACCUCCAACACCAUUAACAAAGAUUGAUAUUCUUCAAUAUUAUUUCAGUGGUUUAGCAACUAUACUUGUUUUAAUGAAAUUAUCAAAUGAUCAAAAUCUUCCAAAGAUAUUAGAUAUUAAUUUUAAAUUAAUUUUGGUUAAAACUAGAUUUAUGAUUGAAAAGUUAGCAAAAUCAUUUCAAGCACAAUCAGAACAACAACAACAGCAAAAUAUAUUGGCCCAAUCAAUCAGUGGUUCCUCCUUGGUUCCAUCAAGAAGAAAUAAUAAUCCAAUCAUCAAAUAUUUUAACGAACAAUUCGAAAUGGCCAAACAACUAAAUGAAUAUUAUGAAACCUCUCAAAUUACUUCAGACUCAUUGGUAUUCUUUACUCAAACUCUUUUUUCAGCAUUAACCAACAAAGAUUAUUUCGGCUAUAUCGACAAGAUUGAUUGGAGUAUCAAAAAUCUAAUAUUUCAACACAUAUUCGCCAAUCUAACCUAUAUUGUACAAAGAGAAACAGAUUCGAAAUAUAAAUACUAUUUUGCUUGCUUUUGUUUUAGCUAUUUCAAACAAAUGCAAGAUAUUUAUCAAGUAUCCUCAAAUAGAUUUGUUAGCUACAAAUCGCAAAAGCCACCUUCAUAUGAUGAAAAGUAUCAUGAACAUUUAACAUUUUAUUUAAAAACCUCAAAUAACUAUUUUGUCGAAGCUUCAAAAAAUCCAAUUUCAGAUUCAAUUUAUUAUUUUCUUUAUUGUAAAACCUGUAGCUUAUUAGAUCAAGAAGAAAAAGCACAUAUUUGGAUUCAAUAUUUUAUCAAUGAAUCAAAUGAUAGAGUUGCUGCUGCAUCACAAAUUCAAUUAGAUCAAGAUAUUGAGCACUAUAGAAAUAAAUCAUGGUAUAUUCAAAUAAUGAAAUCAAUCGAAGAUGAAAAGAAAAAGAGAAUCGAAGAAUAUGAUCAAUUUAAAAAACAACAAGUUGUCAAUAAUAGCAACAAUAAUAAUUCAUCUCCACAUAUUAUUGGCGGUCAAGAUCAAGAUCAAUACCAUGAAAUUAAAAAUAAUUUAUUAUUAGAAGGUUUGGUUCAAAAGAAUAUGAAUCAUGAUUCAUCUUUGAUCAGCUCCAAUGUAUUAUUAAAUCUUCAUCCCCCUCUUCAAUCCAAAGAGGUCGAAAUCGCUCAAAAACGUUUAAAUGAACGUUUAGAACUCUACCAAUUAAAGAACAGCAAGGAAAUCCCGGGUGAUGGUAAUUGCCAAAUGCAUGCAUUAUCCGACCAAAUCUAUGGUGAUUUGAACCAUAGUUCAGAAAUUAGAAAAACAAUCGUUGAUUGGUUAAGAAAGAACAAAGACUUCUCCCUACCAAAUGGUGCAACCAUAUGCCAAUUUGUCCAUACUAAUAAUUGGGAAGAUUAUUGUAACGAUAUGUCGAAAAAUGGAAAUUGGGGUGAUCAUUUAACUUUGCUCGCUGCUGCAGAAAUCUUUAAAUCUAAAAUUUCAAUUAUCUCAUCAAUUGAAUCUCAAAGUAGUUUUUUUAUUGAAAUUAUUCCAACUUCAAUUAGUAACGAUAAAGUAUUUUUAUUAUCACAUUACGCAGAAUUCCAUUAUGGUUCUUUGUGUGCAUUAAGAUAAAUCAUUCACC